UAUGCGCUAUAGUGUAAUCUGCAAGCUCGACCUGAUAUCAUGGUCCAAAUCGUGAGUCGUUCACGUAAUCUAAAUGACUAUCUUUUUCAUCGAAAUCUGUCUAAUUGGUAAUGUAGGCCCACCAGAAAAGAGAAGAAGCGGUGUAACGUUGGCCGUUUGUGUUAAUAGCAAGAACAAGUAAACAUCCCGUUCUCGUACAAGUUUUCAGUUUUAAGCAAGCAAACAGAAAUUCUUUGAUCAUUUUCGCAUUUGUUUCGUUCUGUAAGAACAUUCAUGGGGAAGAUCAGAUCUUUUAAAGAUGAAUUUACAUUCGAUGAGAGAUUUCAGGAAUCACGGGAUAUCCUCGCCAAAUAUCCUGAUCGAGUGCCUGUGGUUGUUGAAAGAUAUUCAAAGACUGAUCUUCCAGAGAUGGAAAAGAAAAAAUACCUGGUUCCCCGAGACAUGUCCAUUGGACAGUUUAUCCACAUAUUGAGCAUCAGGCUGCAUCUGCCUCCUGGAAAAGCUCUCUUUGUAUUUGUGAAAAAUACCUUACCUCAGACAGCCAAUCUCAUGGACUCUGUCUAUGAAUCUUUUAAGGAUGAGGAUGGGUUUCUAUACAUGUGCUACAGCAGCGAGAAAACUUUUGGUUAGUUCAGCGAUAUGUUCCGUGAAUGUAAAAUCGGGACAUAGAUGUUGCUGUAAAGUCAUUCCUGUAAAUGAAUCAAGAUCUGUAUAAACUAGCAUUUAUGAUAUGAAAUUUUAGAUGUGAUAAUGCUUAAAACUUGACAAGAUAACAAGUCAGCAAGUAUAUUCCAAUGUUGCUCAAA